CUUUAAUCGAGCGUUGAUUGGCUUAAAGUUGUUCGAGCUAAGCUUUGAUUGGUGAAUUUUCUGGCUUUCCCGGCGAUGCGGAUCCUCAUUUGCAUGCAUCAUCUUUUAUAAAUAGAUCGAUCAUCGGUUUGGCAUUAUCAUUCUCGCACCAGCAGCAAUCAGAAUGCCGUCACAGAGAAGUCCUACCAAGCGAAGUCCAACCAAGCGUAGCCCCCAGAAGGGAGGCAAGGGUGGCAAGGGAGCCAAGCGCGGAGGAAAGGCCAGCAAGCGUCGUGGAGUCGCUGUGAAAAGACGUCGCCGUCGACGUGAAAGCUAUGGAAUCUACAUCUACAAAGUGUUGAAGCAAGUCCAUCCCGACACUGGCAUUUCAAGAAGCGCCAUGUCCAUCAUGAACAGCUUUGUUAACGAUGUGUUUGAGCGCGUCGCUAGUGAAGCCUCGCGUCUUACCACGUACAGCCGUAAGAGCACCGUUUCAAGCCGCGAAGUACAGACUGCUGUUCGUCUGCUUCUUCCUGGUGAGCUUGCUAAGCACGCCGUUUCAGAAGGUACCAAGGCUGUCACCAAAUACACCACAUCCCGAUAGAUGGACUCAAGUUCCAUCUCGUAGACAACGGCUCUUUUCAGAGCCACCCAAUUUUCAAGAAAGAAACCGUGGAUUUGACUCUGAAAUCAUAAAAACAAAAGAACCUUCAAAAAAGGCUUCAUAAAACACAAUUUCCCAAAUCACUGCCU